AUGUCUUUAAAAAUUAAUAACUGUCAUGACCUCACUGUUGUUCAUGAUUUGGCGUACUCCGCCGCUGUGGCAACCAUCCUGCUCCAUAGACAGAAAUUCUCUCCCUCUAGCACUAACUCACCAAAGAAAACGCUUAAACUCCCCCCAUGGCAGAGAAGACUAGAGGACAAAAUUGCGACUUUGAGGAGAGAGAUCGGUAUACUCACUGAAACCCUUGAACCCAGAAAACCAAGUAAACGGGUCAAAAAGCAUGCUGAUAACGUGCAAAAAAAAUACGGAGACUCUGGAAACCAUACUGUGGUCGACAUGUUGGAUCUGCUAAAGCAGAAACUGCGGGUAUACGCAAAUAGACGCAGAUACCAGCAAUCAUGGCAUAGAAGAGUGGAUAAUAACCUCUUUAACCGGAGCCCCGGUGCUUUUUACAGAAACUUGGCGCCAUCAACCACCGACGACAAGGGACAAUACCCGGAACCAGAAAGUAUCAGGGAAUUUUGGAGUGGCAUCUGGCAGGUCCCUUUCAAUCACAAAGUUUCGGCUGAAUGGAUAAAGUGCGAACAAAAGAGGACCGAAAGAAUAAAACUCAUGCUGCCUCAAGUUAUCGUCGUAGAGGACCUAAAUGAAGUCUUGGCGAAAGCUAAAAACUGGAAAGCCCCCGGACCGGAUGGGAUACAGAACUUCUGGUACAAGAAAUUCACCGCUGUAGGGUCCAAACUUGCUGACAUCUUGAGCCUGAUACUGAACAACCCUCAGUCUGCGCCACCCUUUCUGACGAAAGGGAUGACCUACCUUCUCCCAAAGACAGAUUAA